AUGCGAGCUCUUUUCCUCUGCCUACUUUUGGUCUCAGCUACCUUAUCAUACAAACUAAGUGAAAGCAAAGAGAGUAGUAAAGAAAGCAAAGGUAGUAGCCAGAAAAGCUCCAAGAAGAAGUUCCAAGUCGACGCCAAUGGCAACUACCAGCUCACGUCGAGUAAAAGCGCUUCAGCAGCUCACGAUCACAAGAAUUCAGAUUCACACAAGAAGACCGAACAAGGCCCUAACGGUUCCAAGUCUUCUGAAUCCAAGAGUGUAGAUGAAGCUAAGAAGAAGUCGGAGAGUCGUAGUUCAGUUUCUGAAGAAAAAGGCCCUGGGGGCAAAUCGGUGAAAAAUAUUGAUAAGCAUGAAGUUGAUCAAAGCAACUUCAACUUGGCUGAUAGUAGCAAUAGUGUGAUGAUGGGAAAGGAUGGUAGGUUUUUUUAAUGUUUUAAAUUUUAAAUAGUCUAAGAUAAAUUCGAAUGCCGUAUUUUACAUUAAAAUAAAUUUAAAAAUUUUUUAAACUUAAUUUACAAGCAUUUACAAAGAAAAAAUCAGCAAAAUCCACUGUUUUUUUUUAAAUUUUUUACAAUUUUGACAUCAAAAAUAACAUAAAAUAAACUUUUUUGUUACUUUUUUACUUUUUGACGUGUAUAUUAUCAAAAACCAAACAAAGGUUUUUAAUUUAAAAGCUAAAAAACAAGAAAAAACGUUUUACUGCAACCAGGAUCGAACCAAUGGGCUUUGGUGCACAAUAAUUUAGAACACCCCACUAUGCCAUUGAAACGCAGUUUUUGAAAAAUUGUUUUAUUGGUCAAAAGUCAAUAGAAUAGCAGUUUAAAAAUGGUUUUUGUUCCCAUAACUAAUUUAAAAUUUUUUUUCAAAUUUUUUUUCAAGACCAAGAAUGGCAAGAACUUACUUUACAAAACGAAAAAUUGCAAAAACUUUAUUUACAAAACAAAAAAUGACAAGAAAUUUUUUUACAAAACAAAAAACGGCAAGAACUUUGUUUACAAAACAGAAAAUAGCAAAAACUUUCUUUAUAAAACAAAAAAUGGCAAGAACUUUCUUUACAAAACAAAAAAUGGCGAAAACUAAGGCGGACCAAACCAAAAAUUAAAAAAUUUUUCUUGAAAAAAAAAUGUAAUUGAAAUUUAAUUUUAGGUAGUCUCUUAAAAGCCCGUAAAUCAAACGAACAUACUGGAUCAGGAAGUCAUAAAAACGACGCAAAAAGUUCAAAAUCGAUUGGUCCCAACGGCUCCAAGAAGUCAUCAUCAUUGGACAAAAGCGACUCCAAGCAAAACCAUGAAGCCAAAUCAAAAAGCCUGAAGCAACGUGAUGCCAAUGGCAAUAUGAAGUCAUUAUCAGCAUCAAGUGGUGCUGAUAGUCAGAGCUCAAGCUCUGAAAAAGCCAAGAACGUUGAGGUGAACGGCCCUAAUGGCUAUGUUAAGAAGACUUCUAGUGACAAAGCUUCUACGAGCAAAGACAGUAAGUUUGAUAAGAAGAGUAAGAAGGUGGUUAAUGCUGAUGGAAGUGUAUCUUCAAGCCGUAGUUCAUCGAGUUCGUCGAGUUCAAGUAGUAGCAGUCAUCAUAGCAGCAGUAGUGUUGUUAAGGGAGGCAGAGGUAAGUGUUUUUAACUUUACCGUACCCUACCCAACCCUACCCUACCCUACCCUACCCUAACCUACCCUGACCUACCCUACCCUACCCUACCCUACCCUACCCUACCCUACCCUACCCUACCCUACCCUACCCUACCCUACCUUACCCUACCCUACCCUACCCUACCCUACCCUACCCUACCCUACCCUAUCCUACCCUACCCUACCCUACCCUACUUUAAGUUACGGUGCCGACAUAAAGAACCCGCCAUACUUUUCGUGUAAUUUCCUGUAAAAAAUGGCGGGUUCUUUAUGUCGGCACCUAAUAUCUUGCUCUGCCCUACCUUGUAUCCUAAGUUACCCUACCUUACCAACCCUAUCCUUUGCCUUAUCCUUGAUCUUAGCAAGAAUCCCAGGUAAAUCAAGAACUAGUCUUUGACCCUAUCUAAGCUCUACUCAUACAAUACAUCCUCUAUACAAUGUCCUGACCUACCCCAAGACCUGACCAACGUUAUAAUAGCCCCAUAAUAAGCCUUGUCCUACCCUUCAAACGAUAUGCUUUAAAAAAAACAUCCGCCCUACUAAAAACAUUACAAAACCACCCCCCCCUACCAUAACCAUUACCUAAACUACUAAACUUAACAUAUAUUAUAAUUGAUCCCACUUCCAGACGCCAACCUCAACUUCGGCUCCAACUCUCGAGAUGCCAAUUCGAAUGUGGGUCGUCUCCGUAGCAAUGGUCGUAGAUCAAGUAGUAGCAGUUCAAUAUCAAGUUCCAGCAGUAGUCGAAGCAGUAGCUCCAGAAGCAGCUCCAGUAACAGUCGAAGAAGUAGCGGCAGAGGUGGCAGAAGUCGUGAAGGAGAGAAUGGUAUGAACUUGCGAAGCAGUCAUGGUAGGUCUGAAAAGUGGAAAGUUAAGCCUAAUAAGUAAAACAUUAUGAAUAGAAAAUGGAAAUUUAAGCCUAAUAUAUAGAAAAUGAAAAAUAAAAAUUAGAAAAUUAAGAAUAAAAAUUAGGAAAUUAAGAAUAAAAAGUAGAAAAUUAAGCCUGAAAAAUAGAAAAUUAAGCCUUAAAAAUAAAAGAGCAAAACUAAAAAAUAGAAAAAGAAGCCUAAAAAAUAGAAAAUUAACCUUAAAAAGUACAAAAUUAAGCCUAAAAAUUAGAAAGUUAAGCCUAAAACUGUAAAAAUUAAGCUUAAAACUUUGAAGAUUAGGCCUAAAAAAUACAAAAUUAAGCCUAAAAAUCACAUUUUUAAGCCUUAAAAGUUAUAUGUUCAAGCCUAAAAAUAAAAAAUAAGCCUAAAGUGACUAAUUGAGAACGGAAAAAUUGAAAACAAAAAAUGGCAAGAAUUUUCUUUACAAAACGAAAAAUAGCCAGAACUUUCUUUACAAAACAUAAAAUGGCAAGAACUUUCUUUACACUCUUUAAAAUUCUAAAAAUUUUAGAAAAGCGCAACGGAAUGAAUAACCUGUUUCUUACAGGAGGUCGUAGAAGCUCGGGAAGCUCGCGAAGUUCUUCAUCCCACUCCUCACAUCGUUCCUCUUCGUCAAGUUCUUCUGAAUCCCAUCGUCGUAGUCAUCACGGUCAUCAUCAAACAUCAGCCGGAGAUUCUGGAGCGUCGAUGAGUAAUCUACAGAGUUCAUCAUCGUCGAAUUCGCGUAGCCGAAGCGGUAGCUCGGAAUCUUCCAUUCAUCAUCACGGAUCUUCAAGUCACGGUCAUCAUCAUGGCUCUUCUGGAUCUUCAGGUCAUCAUCAUGGAUCUUCUGAAGCCUCAAAUCUACGCUCAGGCUCAUCAGGCCACCAUGGUCAUCAUCAUGGCUCUUCUGAAUCCUCAGGUCAUCACCAUGGUCACCACUCCUCACGCUCCUCCAAAAGCGCUUCAGAAUCCGACCGUAUGGACCGAAUGUCGCAGCUACAAGCCUCCUCCAACCGUGACCAUGCCGGUGCUUCAAUCAGCCGUAGCGAGAGCAGUGAAUCCUCAAAGUCCAGUAGCUCCUCACACCGUGAAAGCCAUGAAUCCUCAGAACGGCACGGUAGUUCACGCUCCGAAUCCUCAUCAAGCAAGCAGAGCAGUAGCAACAAGAAGAGCUACGCCAAAACCCGGAUCCAGGCCGGAGCUGACGGUGGCUCAGCCAGAAGCAGCAUAAGAAGUUCGUCAGGCUCGUCCUCGUCUUCAGAAUCCCACGCUAGUCGGUCCGAAUCAAAAAGUAAGCACGGCUACAGUAAGAAGAACCAUGUGAACAAGAAGCAAGAAGGUAGUGUGGAGCGAGUUGGCGACGCCAUGUAUUGGGAGGAGGAUAAGAAUGGCAACUGGGUGCAGAAGUUUGACAGUGACGAAUCGAGAUCAGGAGCUUCAGACCAGACCAGCGCCGACAGUUUUGAGAGACGAGGUAAAUGAGAGCAAGCGAUUUCAAUAUAUACUAAUAAUAAUAAGAUAAUAAUAACGACACUUUUUAAAAAAGUCAAAUAAACUUUUUGCAAAAUUAAAAAAAAAAGUAAAAAAAAGUUUUUGGUUGAUUUCUUUAUCAGUUGGACGGUAUUCAAAUCGCACUAAAAUUUAGUUCAAGUAGCCUAAACAUAAAGCUAGGCUUACGCGUUAGCUUCAACCUCACAUUAAGCAUAAGAAAGAAAAAAGUUAAUACUUUCAGAUUAAAGUUAAAGUUCAGCUUAAGCCUAAAAAAACCAAAGCCUAAAACUAAAACAAAGCUACAAUUUAGGCCAAGCCUCAGGAAAACCGUAAAGAUGAGCCUAAGUCAAAGCCUUUUUCAAAAUUUAAGCCUAAGCCAAGUAUAAGCCUGAGAAUAAGCAUUGUAUUCACUCUAAAGCUGAGGCUAAGUUCAAGCCUUAGCGUAAAGUUGUAACUAAGUCUAAACCUCAGCUAAGCCCAAGCCUGAGACUAAAUCUAAGCCAAAUACUAAAGCCUACGCCUAAGCCUAAGAAUAAACCUAAGGCUAAGCCAAAGCUAAAGCUUAAGCCUAAGCCUAAGCCCAAAAGCCUAGCCCAGCCAAAACGUAAGAAUAGGUUGGAGCCUAUUUUUGCCGUGCUCAGCCGUACUAACCCUACUAUCGAUAAAAUGAAGCUUAAACUUUAAAAAACCAAAAAUUAACCAAAAAUAAAUUUUUAACUUGCAAAAUUAAAAAUUUUUAAUUUUUAGACAAAAACGGCUACAAAAAGUCCUCAUCCCUAGACAAAGAUGCUCGUGUGCAUGCCUCCAAAUCCAAUCGUCGCCGUAGUCAAUCUACAGACGAAUUUGGAAACCUAGCGUUAUCAUCAGAAAAGAUUGGCUCUGAUUCGAGUGCUCAAAACCUAGUCAAAGCCCGUAGUCUAGUCGAGGAAUCGAAGAAUGGCUACAAAAAGUCGGAUUUAUUGCACAAACAAAACUCGGCCAAAGCUUCGAAAUCCGAAGACAAAUCUGAGGUGAAACAAGGUUCAGAUGGCAGUUUUUCAAAGACCGAAAGCAAAUCUGGAGCUAGUAGUGAUAAGAAAUCAGCUGUAAAGUCAGACAAUUUCGAAGAAAAAGGUCCCAAUGGUACCAUUAAGAAGAAGAGUUUGGAACAAAGCUCCUCUAGUAAUGAUAACAAGAUUGAUAAGAAUGAGAAAGUGAUUAGAAAUGCUGAUGGAAGCAUGUCUAGUGUAAGAUCAUCAAGCAGUUCGAGUUCGUCCAGCAGUAAAAGCCAUAAGUCAUCAAGUUCGGUGGUUCAUAGUAAGUUUUUUAUAACUAUUAGGCUUAGGCUUAGUAGGAUUAGGCUUAAUAAUCUUAAGCUUAGUAAGCUUAGGCUUAGUUGGCUUACGCUUAGUAGGCUUAGGCUUAGUAAGCUUAGGCUUAGUAGUUUUAGGCUUAGUAGGCUUAGGCUUAAUAAGCUUAGGCUUAAUAGGCUUAGGUUUAGUAGGCUUAGGCUUAGUAGGCUUAAGCUUAGUAGGCUUAGGCUUAGUAGGCUUAGGCUUAGUAGGAUUAGGCUUAGUAAGCUUAGGCUUAGUAGACUUAGAUUUAGCGGGCUUACACUUGAAAAAAGUCAUUCCAAAGGUCAAAGGAAUAAUGACAAUACUAAACAUACCCCCCGAAGAAACAUAGAGCCAAAUCCCAACACUCGCAGUCAUUUGUUGGGUCGUUUUACAUCGAGGCAAAUGAUAUAAAGCCAUAAGAUUGCAUAAGAAAACAUUACGUAAUACACUUUCUUGCAAUUUCUCUAAGGCUAUGUUAAUAUACCAUAAGAUUAGGCAACAUUUCCAAUAUUUUGUAAUAUCUUUUGUAUUUUAGACCGCUUCCGUCGUUAUGCCAGACAAAUGUCAAUGUCAAAUAAAAUGAUGACAAUUGGUACUGAUAACGACAUGCCAGACUUUUUCAAACAAAACAUUCACAAUGGACAGAACCAAGUGUUCGCUAGCCAAAACUCUGAACAAUAUUCUUAUGAGGAGUCGGAUUAA